CACAAAAACGGCGCCAUACAACAAGAAUUUGAUUUAAAAAACAAAAUCAAUAAUCAUAAUAUGUUUUGUUCUUAUAACAUAGAAAACAAGUCAUUUGUAAGUUUAUUUUGAAGUCUAAAUCUGUACUCUUCCGGUCGCAUUUUAGCUAGCCGUGUUUGUGUUGACGCGCGCAGAUAAGGUGCUGCCAAGUCUGACAAAAUAUAAUUUGCUAACCUAUGCAGCUAAAACCCCCCACCAUGGCAUCAUAAACGGGUAGAAGAACACACGGUUUCAUGCUCGGUAGGUGACCGGAGUCCGUUAGCUUUUUCGCCGUAGAGCCGCGACGCUGCGCCCCGAAACACAGACGCCUGUGGAGCUGGAGAAGCUACAAUGAGCUCGGAGCACCAGAGCGACAGCGAGGACGCGGACGAGUCGCAGGAGAGGCCCAACAGCGGCGGCGCCUCCGACAAAGAGGAGGACCCCGACAUCGACGACUCGGACGUGGAAGAUGAAAUCGCCCCGAGGGUUUCUCCCUCACCGCCGGGGAGCGGCGGGAUCAGGCCGGAGCGCAGAGCGAGGUCUACGGCGUCAGAGGAGCGAGAGCCCCGCUGCGAACCGGCCGCCGCGCCGCCGACGGGGAGCGGCGAGGGCUCCAGCGCCGACAUCCGCAGAGGGAAUAGCGUGUUUUCCUGGCUGCAGAGCAGGACUAUAAGACGGGGGGUGUUUGUGGACCCAGCUAGGGAAAACUUCAGGACAAUGACCAGUUUAUACUGCUCUAUGAAUCCGGCUGCAGAGUCUGUGAACCUGAGCACGCAGACCCACGGAGCGGUGUUCAACCUGGAGUACUCCCCUGAUGGGUCUGUGCUGACUGUGGCCUGCGAGCAGACGGAGGUCCUGCUGUUUGAUCCCAUCUCAUCCAGACACAUCAAGACCCUGACGGAGGCCCACGAGGACUGCGUCAACAACAUAAGGUUCUUGGACAAUCGUUUGUUUGCCACCUGCUCCGACGACACCACCAUUGCAUUGUGGGAUCUCCGUAAGCUGAAUUCAAAGGUUUGCUCGUUGCACGGCCACGCCAGCUGGGUGAAGAACAUCGAGUACGACACCAACACGCGGCUCCUCGUCACGUCCGGCUUCGACGGAAACGUCAUCACGUGGGACACAAACAGGUUUACGGAGGACGGCUGCCCGCACAAAAAGUUCUUCCACACCCGGUACCUGAUGAGGAUGCGUCUGACGCCCGACUGCUCCAAGAUGCUCAUCUCCACGUCCUCGGGGUAUCUGCUCAUCCUCCACGACCUGGACCUCACACAGUCGCUGGAGGUCGGCAGCUACCGCAUGCUGCGAGCGCGGCGGACGCCCCUCAGCUCAGAUGGAGGCACGUCAGCCUCCAGGUCGGCUGGAACUCCUCGUCAGGGAAACGACUCCAGCAAGAUCCACCCUCCUCGAGAAGGUCUUUCUCCCAGAAACAGCCUGGAGGUUCUGACUCCAGAGAUCCCCGGAGAGAGAGACCGAGGCAACUGCAUCACCUCCCUGCAGCUCCACCCGAAAGGCUGGGCCACGCUCAUCCGCUGCUCCAGCAACAUGGACGACCAGGAGUGGACGUGUGUGUAUGAGUUCCAGGACGGAGCGCCCACCCGCCCUCUGGUCUCCCCCCGCUGCUCCCUCCGCCUCACCCACUACAUCGAGGAGGCCAACGUGGGCCGGGGCUACAUCAAAGAGUUGUGUUUCAGCCCGGACGGACGGCUCAUCUGCUCCCCGUACGGCUACGGCGUCCGCCUGCUGGCCUUCGACGAGAACUGUGGCGAGCUGGCCGACUGCCUCCCCGUCCAGACGAGCUGCCUCAGGGAGAUCCGCUCCAUCUACUCGCACAGCGACGUGGUGCUCACCACCAAGUUCUCCCCCACACACUGCCAGCUCGCCUCGGGCUGCCUCAGCGGGCGCGUCGCCCUCUACCAGCCCAAGUUUUAACAACACGUGCUGACGAACAACGACGCACUGCAGACCAGGGGGGAGAAAUACUCAUCAGGGUUCCUGCACAUAUCUAGAAAUGUGAAGAAGAAGAAGAAGAAGAAGAAGAAUGAUGUUCGUACUUUUCUAUGAUUUUAAACUCCUAGCAUCUAAUAUUUGCAGAUCUUCGGCGUGCAAACACUAUAAUCUACCAGAGCUGUCGACCUGCACAGAUACUUCACAGAAGAUCUCUUUAAAUCUCGUGUUCAGCGGAAAUACGUCAUGAUGUCAUCCAGCAUGAAACAAUAAGUACAACAUCAAAGCGUGGACAGCCGUAAUAUCUAAAUAGUCUUCUUUGUAUCCUUUGGUUAAAUUCUAUCAAAAGUGAUGAUCUUCAGGAACCCUGAACAACAUUUGCUCGCAUUUGUUUUAAAGUGCUGGAGGGGACCAGGGGCGCGGGGGGGUUUCAACAGUCACAUGGUGUAACAAAGGGUGUGACCUGUGUGAAACACUCCGCUCAGCUGGUGCCUUAAAUACAUGUAAUACUUCUGAACCCGGGUCUGCAGCUGUGCAACAGACUAAAGAAAGAAAGAAGACUUCAGCUGCAGCAGAAACUUUGAACUUUAACGGAAAAAAUAAAUAAAAAAUGAAAAACAGACGUUUGGGUGUUUUUGCAAAGAAAACUCAGAAGUCCAAACGUUGAAGCUCAGAAACAAACCGCGGCUCUUUCUUUCAUACUAAACGUCUGAAGCCGUCAAACGUUGACUUGUUUUGAGACUCGCCACAUCCAGAUGUCACUCGAGGAUGCACACAGACGUUCAGAAGCGCUCGGCUGCUCACGCCUUCUUCACAGGUGCUCUGCUCACACAACCUGAACUUAAAGGACCUUUAACUUUCAGCCUUCACACACCUGUUUAGUGUUCUCCAUCGGCACCCCCGCCCUUCGCUGUUUUCUUUUAGUGGUUUUAUUGGUGUGUUGAUGUCCGCACUACUUGUUCACGGUGUUCAUUCUUUUCUACGCGAUUCACCUUUUUGUUGCCAUGGUGUAGGACUAGCUGCGUGUGAGUCACUUCUCUGUUUGUGUGUUUUUAAUAUUAAGCCUGUGAACGGAAACUUCAUGCUGUCUGUCGGUAUCUAAGUCUCCCCUUGACGUUUUCCCACUGACGGUACUUUCUGUGCAAGAUUUCCAGACUUUUACGAAGAAGAAAAUACUAUUUACAGAAUUAUUAACUUCCACCUGGCGUUAUUCUGCCUUUUCCUCUACAUUCUGUCUCAAUACGGCGACGUUAAUCUUUAAAAACAGCAAAGUAAAUGCAUAGCUUCAUUUUUUAAAAGGCCCAGUAAUUGUCUGAAACAGCUGGCCACUGUAGUUUGUAUCAAACAUUACUUAAAACAGGAGUAAAUAGAUAUACGGGACUACUUUCAGCUGUGGAGUGAUACGCACUCCGCUGCAGGAAGGCAGUGAUACAAAUAUAUUAAAGUGCCCUUGUUUAUUGUAAUGCAACUGAGGCUCACUGACGUGUUUUUAAUCAUUUCUUCAGCUCAAUGUCACGGAGGAAUAACUUCCAUCACACGAGGCUUGUAGGUAGAGAAGAAACAUCCAGAAUAAUUCCAGCUUCGUUGACUUGUCGGCCAACAUGUGUCGCCUCCGCAUCGUUCGUUUGACCUUUCAUAGGACGGAAUUGUUGCCAAGAAACAUUUGACUUGUUUUCCGACCUUGUACCUCGUUUUGUUGUUUGCAUCACAUCCAGUUUUAACAAUGUUGUCAUAAAGGUGAUCAAUCAGGUUUUUUUUUGUUGCUUUGACUGUCCUCGUGUGUUUGCAGCUGCUGCAGGACUGAGCGCCUGUGGGUGUAACAGCUGAUUACAUGUUGGGGAAACAAAAGAUAGACGUAUACUACUAUGCAUACCAGCCUUUAUGAAGA